UUUACGUAUUUUAGGGUUUAGGGUAAAGAUUUGCAAGAAAAAUGAUGGUUGAUAAAGCUACGGUUGUGUUGAAAUUGAGCUUUGUUGUAGAAACAGUCGACAAAGAUGUUGAACGUGACCAAAGGCGAGAGAACACUCAGGAAAAUCAAGAAAAUCAGGGGUGUGAUAAACUUCUAAGAGAAGAUAUAGGAAGUGAAUUUCGUGCAAGUAAUGAGGAGUUUAUUUCAACUGGUAGAGCCAGUGAGGAAAACAUGAUUGUUUAUGAAGGCGAACCAUCUCAACAUUAUGAGUUGCUGGAAAGUGGUGAAGAUCUUGGAUUUGAAGGAGCAGAAGUAGAUAACAAUGAUAUGAGUAUUGAGGUCACACCUGUUGUUAAUGUUGAAUGGGAAGACGGUUUGAAUGUGAAUAUAAGACAAGAAUUUGAAAGUAAGCAAGCAGUGGCAGAUUUGGUUGAAAAAGGUGCGCAUAAGAAUUGUUUUGAGUUUGUUAUAGUGAAGUCGGAUACGAAGUUGUAUGUGGUUAAAUGCUGUGAGAAUGUUAAACUGAGCUGUAAAAACGACAACAGAGAUUUAGUUGCAACCAAGUUCAUGGAAUGGGCUAAGGCUUACACAGAGCCCGAGUUCGAGAAACUCUAUGAUGCUUUUAUGAAAAGAUAUCCUGCUGCAAGUGCUUAUCUUGAUAAAAAUGUUGGACAGAACAAAUGGGCACGAUGUUUUUUUCCAGGAACAAGGUACAACAUAGACACCACUAAUGUAGUGGAAUCUAUUAAUGGUGUUUUCUUACAAGCAAGGGGUUACUCGCUAUUACUAAUGAUUGAUGCGAUUGUUGCUAAACUGAAUCAAUGGUUUAACAAAUAUAGAAAGUUAUCCUUAGAGACACCAAGAAACCAGAUAAUGGUGCCUUAUGUUGCAAACGAAGUGCACACAAGAUGUUUAGAAGCAAAGCUCUUACCAGUCACUGAACUAAACAACUACUUUCUCGAAUACAGUGUGGCUGGCGUUAAUGGCAGUAACUAUGUGGUUGAUCUGGAAAGGAAACUUGCACUUGCAAGCAUAUUGAUAUUGACAGAUAUCUGUGUGUGCAUGCUUUAGACGCUCUCAUGGAAACAAAGAAAAACCCAGGUAAUGC